AUGUCCAUUCAAGAGCAACUUCGUUUCAACUCAAUGGGACUACUCAGAUCCACCUUUGUUAUAAUCAACCGCCAUCUACGCGAUAUCCAAAACGCCAGGGAAAUCAAGCAAGAGCUUAGGAUUUCAAAUCCGUUCCCCUUGCUGGACUUUCAAGUCGAUCAGCAGCAAAACCUUGUUUUUACUCCCGUUACUCACACUAUCACCCUGGACUUCUUUGCCUUUGCUGCGUACCAUGGAGGGACAGACAUUUUGAAGGCGCUUCUGGCUCUGGCCGGCCCUAGCAAAACUUGCGAUCCGGCCAUCAUGAGUCCUCUCUGUCUGUCAUUACUCAACGGACAUAUCGAUACAGCUAAAUUUCUGCUCUCAAAGGAUGCUGAUCCACGUGGACUAUCCUGUACAAACGGUCUACAUGCCGCUGCAAGAGCAGGAUGUCCGGAAAUGGUUUUGCAUUUUCUUGUCAACUGGAAAAUUCCCGCGGACUGUACCGAUGCAUACGGUGCCACGCCUGUUAUGUAUGCCCUUUAUCUUCCGGAGCAAGAGGCUAUCGAGAUUAUCGAUAUUCUCAUCAGACAUGGAGCAUACCGAAAGAUGACCUUUGGAGACAACACUAAGACAUAUGCAUACUACGCAUCGGCGAUGGAAAAGUACGGUCUAGCGUCUUGGCUUCAAGAUAUGGAAAGAAUGCAUUCGAGUACUAUGGAAUAUAUACAGAAGCAUACCCGACAGCUUCAACCAGAGGAUGUCACCCCGAAGAAACCUCAGGGGCUACAUUUAGAAGAGCGAGAGGCCGGAUGGGUUGAUGUUUGGUGGGCAUAG